AUGCCCGACCUGAACUCGAUUCCAAGAUCGCCGCGGGGUGUUUCAAAUCCCCAGGCUCCAGGGACGACAAACGCUACUGCACCACAGCCUCCGUCCGUGUCUGCGUCGAGGAGAACUUCGACACAAAUGCUGCCUCCGCCGCUCCCUCAGAAUAACAGUCUUCCAAGUUCCCCUCGACCGGCACAGGUGGUUAUGAUAGACAAUACAGGUGUAGGUCUAGGCCCAGGACCUAUCCGACAUCCGCGACCUCUCACGGCCGCUGAAUUACAUUUAGAACUUGAAAAAGAGCAAGAGAGCAUUGUGAAUCGACUCACGCGAGAACUCUCUGCUCUACGCGCCCAAACAGCCUCUGUUGCCUCCACCACCUCGUCCACCUCUGAGCACUUUUUCUCUGGCGACCCCUACAACACAACCACAACAGGAACCACAAUCAUCCCUACAACCACUCGCCGUCACCGUUCCUCCUCGAACCUUUCCACUCGUUCGGCUCGCUCGAUCCGGGAAAGUCUCGCUAAUGCCGCCAAUACCAGCGUCUCCGGCGUGGCUGCCCCUCGAGACCAAAGCGUCCAGGCCAGCGCGCGACCUAGCAUGGAAAUGAGCAGGCCGGACAUGAGUCGGCAGAAUUCGACCUCUGCAUCAGGAUUCCGAUCCAGUUCGAUCACUUCUUCACCGCACUUGACCCAGGGAGGGUACGCAUAUCCUCACCGCAGCUCCGUGUCGUCAACGAUGGACGCCUCAUCUGUUGCGCCCCAUGCCGCAAUGACACGCUCUCCAAGCUCCAACGCAGCUAUUGCGCAAGCGAGGUAUGAAGAGGCGGCAUUGCAGCGGGCGGAACUUGAGGCAGUAAAGCGGGAGAAUGAGGCAUUGAGGGCCAGGGUCAAGGAUUUGGAGAAGAGUUUGCAGAGGGCCAACGAGUUGGCGCAGGCGACGACGACUACAUCGUGA